AUGACGUCAAAGAUCACUGCUGCUGUAAGACGUCUGAUUGAUGAAGACGCCAGGUACACGGUGUCUGGGAUAACGUCGUUACUUGACAUGCCAAUGGGGGAGUGGGGAACUGAUGAGAUCCUCAACAAGCACUUAGGUCUAAGAAAGGUUUGUGUCCAAUGGGUGCCUCACAUGGUAACUGAGGAGCAAAAGGCCAAUAUGGUCAAGUAUGUUAUAGAAACGCUGAAAGAGUUCUCAAAUUUUGAUAAUCGCACAAUGUCACAGCUCCUAACAGGAGAUGAGAACUUGUACUGCGGAAGUGCUUCGAAGUCGAAUACUUUGAAGGGAGACACUGAAUUUGAAAACUGUGCAGAGACUAUGGAUUUGAGGUCCAGUGAAACAAAAAAUGACAAUGAACUUAAAAGGAAAAAGAAUGCAGAAAAGGUUAGAAAGUGGAGAGAAAAGCAAAAACUUAAUACAGAAAAGGAUGAACUGAAGAAAAAAGACAGAGAAAGGAAAAAUAGGGCAAGGGCUAAGCUGCGACAGGAAGCUGAAAGAAGUAAACCAAAGCUUGAAAAAUUAAGAAAACAAAAGAGAGAAGAAAUGAAGCGCUACCGACUAAAACAUAAGAAACAACAAGAGAAAAAACAAUCAAAUAUGGAAACUUUCAAUAAGAUAAAGACAAAUGAAAGUCUUAAAAGAAAAUUGGCAGUGAAAAGAACGCAGACCUGGAGAAUGCGAAUAAAACUGAACGAUCAAUCCCACUUGCAAAAUGAGAAUCUUGAACAAUUAGAACAACUGAGAGAAGUAGAUACUUCUAUUGCAAGUACUUCAAGCUCAUUCACAUCACGAUUUUCCAGAUAUAGGCAAGUCAAUAAAACUAAGUCGUCAUUACCCAAAACACCAUCAAAAAGGGCCGAAAUUGUAAAAAAAUUAAUUCAGUCGCCAACAACAUCGAAAAUUCUAAUGAAGGAAGGAUUGAUACUCACACCAGAAUGCAAAAGAAAGCUUCAAUUAGCUGAUGAUGUCAUCACAUCCUUACAAGAAAAUAUAGCAGAUGCUAAACAGACAAACAGUUCUAAAUCAGAUAAAAAGCAUGCUUAUAACAUUCUCAGAGCCACGAUUGAGAAGAGAACAAGAAAUAAGUGUGGUGUAUAUGUACGAAAGCUGUUUAGCUUUUCUCACAGAUCCAAAGUAACUGCAAAGAGACAGUGGUGGCAAAAGCAAGAAAGGAAAUUUAGGAAAGAUAAACUCAGUGAAAAAACACGGCUAUUAGUUAAACGACACUAUUUAUCCUCAGAAGUGAGUAGAGAAGUUCCUAAUAAAAAGGAUGUCAUCAAAGUAAAAACAGAUGAUGGAAAGAAAGAGGUCCUCCAAAAACAUCUUAUGACUAUGACAUUAGAAGAUGCUUAUAAGAACUUCAAAUCUUUGUAUCCAGAUGUCAAAAUUGGUUUCACCUUGUACAAGACACUAAAGCCUGAAAAUAUCAGAAAGAUAUCAGAGACAAAUAGAAAGUCGUGUCUCUAUCAGAUUUGCUGCAAUUUCGCCCUGAAAGUAGAAGCUUUGAAGAAACAUGUUAAAACUGUUGAAACCCCUGAUAAUAAGGAACAAUUGACAAAGAUACUUCUAGAUAAGGAAAGGAUUUCCUCUGCUACCCUUUGUCAGUUUGAAAACACACCAAAGGCAUCAUGUCUUGAGAGAACCUGUCAGACAUGCAGUACAGAAAGUUUGAAGGAAUACUUUAAAGAUCUAACUGAGGAAAGCAAUGACAAGAAUAUUACAUGGCACCAGUGGGAAUCAAUUGAAAUAAAUAAGGAGAACAAAGUGAAAAGGUGUGUUUCAUGUGUCCCAAAAGAGCAUAAUAUUGAAAGCUUCUUAACAGAAAUGAAGAAAGACCUUGAAGUGUACCCUGGUCAUAUUUUCAGGGCUAGAUGGCAGCAAAAGCAAAUGACUAAUUGCAUAGAUCAUUUGAAACCUGGAUCAAUCGCUGUGGUAAUGGAUUUUAGUGAAAAUUAUGGCUAUUUAUUUCAAAGUGAGGUACAGUCAGGAUUUUUUGAUAGAAAUCAAGUCACAACCCAUCCUAUGAUGAUUUAUUAUAAAAUAAAAGAAGAUGAAGAGAACAAAGAAACAUUAGUGAAGCAUGCAAUUGUUGGAAUAAGUGAAGAUAAUAAGCAUGAUGCUGAUGCUGUAUUAGAAUUUGAAAAACAGGCAUUAGAUAUUGUUUCGAAGGAUACCGGUAUUCAGAUAGAAGAAAUACACCAGUGGACCGAUGGGACAUUGAUCAGUGUCAAAAUAUCGACUACUGUCAUAGAUGGGGAAACACAAACACUAAAAGUAUUGAAAAGUACAACAAGAAAGCAGUUAGAAAACAUGGAAACAGAACAAGAUAACAUGGAACUAGAAGACAUGGAAAUAGAUCAUCUGGAUAAUAAAGACUCAAAUACACAGGAAAACACAGAAAUAGAUCAGGAAAACAUAGAUAGUGAAAAUACUGAGAAUACUCAGCCUGAAAAUAAUAAAGAACAUUUCCAACCAGGUGUGUUUGCAGCAGGCUUGUUUCCAACAAAGAAAGGAAAGUCAGUCACAGUAUGCAUUGGUCAAAUUCUUGAUACCGAUGACCAAGAAUAUCAACUGAAAUAUAUGAAAAAAAGUGGGAAGACAUACAUCUGGCCAGACAAGCAAGAUGUAUCUUGGGAAACUGAUGACAAGUUGCUAGCUUCCGUAGGCGAACCAACAAUGAGUGACAAAAGGUCUCACUUUGUUUUCGAUUCUGAGGAACUAAAAGACAUUUCAAAAAAGUUGUCAAAAGACUACAGAUAUGUUUAUUUCCGCUAA